GCCGAGCGGAAACGGAUCGCGGAGGUUGUCGGAAGCGGAGCUCCGAAAGGUUCUUGUUCGUUCGGGAGUUCAGAGGAGGGGGUGGAGGUCGUAGGAGGUAGCACGACCGAGGGAGGGACCGCUGCCGCCAUGGCCUUGUCCGAGACUCAGCUGAAGAAAAUGCUUGCUAAGCUUCAUAUAUGCCAGGAAUGCCAAGCGGAAUCUCUCCUUUUCCUCCUGGACAACCUCCUAACCCAAGUGGUUAUCCAGGCUACCCUUAUACUGCACCUAGUGGGCCAUUUCCAGCAACAACCAGCACACCACAUUAUCCUUCUCAACCUCCCGUAACCACUGUGGAUGGCAGAAGAAAGCAGAAACAGGUAUGGAUUUGUGGUCAUUCUUAUGUUUUCUGGGCAGAAAAACGGGCACUUGAAAGAAGCUUUGGUCCACAAUUGGGAAUUCGACUGGAGGAUGCCAAAUUACAUUGGCUAGGAAAGAGUGGAAUGGUGUGGGAUCAAUUAGUUCCCAUCCUGUUGCAUACACGACGGAGGCUAACAGAUCCUGAUAUAUUGGUGAUCCAUCUAGGAGGCAAUGACUUGGGGACAGCCAGUAAUUUGGAUGUCAUAAACCGAAUGAAGAAAGAUUUUGGACUUCUUAAGCAAAUAUUCAAGAAUACCUUUCUAGUCUGGUCUAAUAUCAUACCCCGGAAAGUAUGGAAUCAAGAGAUACCCCAUAAAGUGAUGGAGAGAAGCAGAAGAAUACUCAAUGAAGAAAUGGGCUAUUUUAUACAAUAUAUUGGAGGGACUGUGAUCCAACAUGAUUUACUUGUACCAGAAUCUCCUGGAUUGUUCCACCUAGAUGGUGUGCUCUUAUCUGAGAGUGGCACAGAUAUCUUCAACCUGGAUUUACAAAGUGCUUUAGAAACUUUGGUUUGCUUUUAAAUGGAAGAAAAAUGAUACCCAUUAUGUAUUAACAACUGUGGAGACUUUUUACAAAUAGAGAAAGUUCUGAAAAGCAUGGUAACAUGAAUUUAUAGAUAACAGACAGCCUAUGAUUUAGCUGGGUACGGAUUACUAAGGCAGUUAUCUGUGACAUUGCCCUAUAAUCUGCAAAGAAUUUUUUUGUUAAUGUGUUUACUAUUUUUUUGCAAAUACAGUUUAUUUUUUCAUUUACUUUAAUUCACUUCUCAUGUAUGUUGAAUGAGACUGCCAAACAAAUUUAUCCUUAAUUGAUCCCAUCUCCCCAAAGUGAAUAUAGCAUGAUUAUAUCAAUCUACAGUAUAAGUAACAGUUUACAAAGCUGUUUCAUGUGAGUCAGAUAGAACUAAUUAUUAAGUGUUAACAUAUUGGGGUUAGGAGUUAUUCCAGUUCUCCUGUAGAAGUUUGACAAACUCUUUUGUGUAUGCUUUGAGGAUCAUGCACAAGGAGGGGAAAGGAAGGAAAAUCCCAUUACUCAAAUGGAAGUCAGCUAAUGUAUGUUGAAUAUAGCCCACUAUUACUGAUUCAGCAUUGCACCUUAGAACAUUUGUUCUGCUUUUCAAAAAGUGGAAGAUUAUAUAAAUAUAAUGGGAAGAUCAAAUGAAGAUCUAGUUUCUGACACACUGGUUUUUGAAAAUACUUUUCCUAGCUAAAAAUUUAAGCAAUUCUAUUUCACAAUUGCAUGUCUUAUAGGCAGCAAUUAGUGGCUGGUUUAAAUGUAGUAUUCCCAAUUUAAUACACAUAAUUUAUUAAGCUAGGAAUACCAUUUUAGUCCCCCACAUUCUUCUCCACCUUUCUGCCUUUUGUACCAGCUUUGAUCCAGAUCACAAUAUCUGUUAGUAUUGAACUGUGGUAUAAAGUUGUUUCAUUUACUGAGCUCUUAAUAAUAUGCAUUGAACCAUAUCUCCCUAUUUUUGGCAUAAUGGAAAAUUGGUUUAAAAAAUGGGGACUAAAGAAUUGCUUCUCCUUCUUCUAGCAAUUGUUCUAGAUAUGAGAGCUCUUAGACUUGCUGUAAGAAAGGUUUCAAUGAUUCAUUUUUCUAAUGCAUGCAAAAUAGUAUCAUAUGCUUCUUAGAGCAGUUAUGAUACUUGUAAAAUGCUAUUUUAAAUGAGAGGGUCUACAAAAACAUUGUUUGUUAACUUUGAGUGAAUAGAUCGCUUGUGAUAAUUAAAAUGAAAUUGUAAUUAUUUUCCUGUCAAUAUUCCCCCUGGGAUAUCAAAGCACUUUAGAGUUUUUGUUUACUGUGCUUGAAGAAAAUCUUUCUUUGAUUCCAAAUGCAUAAAGGUAGAGAUGGUCUGCUUAUCCCAAAGGUAUUGUUGAACUGUUUGACAGUAGCGCUAUAAGAGAACAAUGGCAGUUCAUGGUUUGGCAUCAUUGAUUUGAACCAGAAUUUGCCUUGAAGGAUUGUUCAAGGGAAGUACAAUUUUAGAAGCAAGUAAGGAAAAUUUACAAUACAGAGACGUGUAUAUUUUCACACACAGCCCCUCCCCCACAAAACCCUCCCUAACCUACUGUGCAGUAACAAUUUGUUUAUUAAGGAGGAAACAAUUUUGCAAACGAAUCAAAACAAGACUCAUUUUGUGUUUCAAUAUUGAAUUCAACUUACACUGCAUUUAUGUGGUAUUGUGACUUUAAUUUUCUUAACAAGCAAGAGGGAAAUCAAUAUUAAUCAUUUAUGUCGAUUUUCUGUCAUUUCUGAAAUGAGUUCCUUACUCAAAAGACUUCCAAGUCUGCUCAACCUCUAAAAGAGGGACUUUGAAAGCUUCAUUCAAUAAUGAACUGAAUGACUGAAAGUAAGACAAGUGGAAUGGAAUGUAGAAGACCAAGGUGUGGAGACGGCAUCUUUUAAAUAUUAACUUCAUAGAGUGAAACACUUGAGCAGAUUUAUUUUUUGUAAUUUAGCUUAAGAAUCUCUGAAGUUUCCAGCCAGAUGAGGAGAAUUAUACUAUCUGUGAGAGCAAAUAGGACUGUGUUCAAAUGUGUAUGGCAUGCUUCAGUUUUUUCCAGUGAGGGUUUAACAGCACAACUGUUGGAAACAGCAGUUUACCGAUUGCCUUUUGUAUAUUUGCUUGUAAAAGAGGCUUUAAGCUCCAGUAUUUUGUCAGGAUUUAUCUUUCAUAAACUAUUGACAUUGGACAUCUGUUUGAAUCAUCUGAUUUCUAUAAUUUGGUGGGUUCUGUUUUAAAAAUAAUAAAACAUUAGCCUUUGUUUUCUUGUACUGUAUGGUAUUAAUGGGCAUCUAAUAAUAUCCUGCAAUUUAUUUUUCUCCAAAUCCUGUUUUUGGAGCCAUUAACAAUCAUGUGCUGACACGGCACUUAGUCUAAUAUCAGAUAUACUGGAAAUGGUUGCAUUUUCAAUUAUAUUGGCUACCCUGAAAAUAAAGCAACCAUGUGGUAUUUCAAAAGCUGAAAGCAAAUGUUGGUGCCAGUAUUUAAUGGCCAUUAUUUAUGGCUAAACAUAAUGGCUUUGAUUCAAGCUUGUUUUUACCAGGACUUGAAAAUGCCUUCCAUUUGCACAUGGUAGUCUCCUAAUUUUUCCUCUCCAGAUAUUCAUCCCUGUGCUCUAGUGUUGGGAUACAUAUUUGCCAAACUGGUUUUGUGCCAGAGGGGCACUGGGCUCUAUAAAUAAGAAGAGAUGGGGGUUGACCUGUUUAUGAAUACAGUGAAUUAUUAUUCUUUGGAGAAUAAUUUGUUAAAAAUAUUAGAAAUAGUCUUUCAGUCACAAAUACUGAAUAUAUAUAUUUACAUUUGGUUAAUAUGUAUAAAAUCAUUAAAACAACUACACAUUGAUUCUCUCUUUGUGAAUAAGCAAUACUACCAUCAAUAAAAGACCUACUGUUGCAUUUAAAUAUUAGGGAAUAGUUUGUCUGUCCACAACCAACACGGUGUUCUGUAUAUCUCAGAUUUUGAUAAUACAGAUACGUUUGGCAGAUAAUUACCUACAGCAGCAUGAACCUAGUAAUAGGUUUCAUAGGAUUCUCUGGGUGACCAUAGUUUCCCAGAACUCUGUAACACAAACACAAAUAUUUUAGUUCCACAUCACACUACUGGUUGGUACUAGUAUUAAUUUUUAAAGAUGUCAGUGUCCUUUACAUAAAGGGAAAUGUAAUUGUUAUAUGUUGUCCAGGUAUCAACCUCACAGGACAAGUACUUUGAUAUUCUACACUGCUAAUGUUUCCUUUCAUUGGAUGACUCUUGCAAUUCAUAAUUGGAAGGAGCUAUGUUGGUGAUGGGAUGAAAGGAAGAGACGUGCAUUCAUAACAUCUCAGAUUCGGUUUCCGGCAUUUCUAGUUAAAUAUAGCAGGUAGUAGAGUCAGACUACAGCCUGAUACUUCCAAGAGCCUCUUCCAGGCAGCCUGGCCAAUGCUGGGAUAGAUGGACAAGUGGCUGGGCUUAUCACUGUUUCUCUGUGUUCCUAAAUCUCAUCUGUAAUGAGAUCAUUUGUAGAGCUUUUGGUUCAGCCCAUGUGAAAACUUAUUAAUAAAAACCACUUUUUCCUGCUUGAAAUAGGUCAUUUUGAACUUGAAACAGAUUGGAUUUGAAAUGUUUUGUGUUGUUUAUGAAGUCCUUUUAAGCUUUUAUUUGAAAGAGAGUGAAGAAUGGUCUUGGUGGCAUUCUGGGAUAAAUGAUGUGUAUUUACACGAAAUAAAUACUUAAAUUCCACAAAUAGUUUCCCUUUAAAAUGCAAGAUGAUCUUCCAUUUGCUAAGUGGUUUUGGCAGAUGUGCCAUGCAAGAUGUUGUUUAGUCUUCAGUUCAGGAUCAUCUUAUUAGCUAAAACCAGUAAAUAUUUUAUAUCUCCCAAAUAAUGUUCUCUGUAAGAGAUGAGUUUUAUAAAUACUUGAGCUCUUCUGGGCAGGUUAGGAGAAGAUGAUGCAGAAGUCAAAAGACUUCUAUUUUAUUGUUUUAUUUUUCCAGAAAAUAAUUCCCAUUAAAAGAAAUAUAAUUGUUCCUCUUUUUUUAGCAAACAAGCAAACAAAAACUUUACUCACCAUAACCCUCUAGGUGGUUUCCACAGAUCAGUUUUGUAGACUGAAAAUGCUGCAUAUGACAGUGGCUAUUAUUUUGGAUUUAUAGCUGUUUUCCCUUUCUCAAGGACCAAGGGACAUUUCAGGCCAGAACAAAUUAAUGAAGGAAUCAAUGGUGAUGGUUUGUUGUCAGUGUUCUAUUUUUUAUAUUAGAAAAGUGACUUUAUUGUACCAAGAUAAUCUCAAGACUAUUUCAUUCUGAACUUGAAUUAAAGAAAAACUUAGCACAUAGUAUCCUUUGGAAGUCAGCAAAUCACCUGUUCAGCGAUUCCCGUCUUGAUUUAUAACUUUAAAUGAAUUUCACUCUCUUACAUAAAAUUUCUGCCAUGGGUAGCAAUUCAAUCUAUUUAGAUUAAAUCUAUUUAGAUUAAAUUAAGAAAAUAAUUGAGCAGUGUUAAUAUUUUAAGAAAAAAUGUCUUAUGAGUGAUAUUAAAUGUCAGUUUAUUGAGCAGCCAAGUUCAGUGCUGGGGGCUGCUUUUCUUUUGGGCUUAAUUGGUAGUCUAUAUACUGUAAGGUCACAGUACCUUAAGGUCACUUCUGAAAUCAGAUUCCAUAUGGUAAAGGUUAAAUGUUUCAAGUAUUCCUUGUAAUAAAUGGCUGCAUGCCACCUAGCUUCUUAGUGUGUGGCUAAUUAUGGAAGAAGGAAGGAGAAAAUGCUAAGACUCAUAUUCUUAAAGGAGUAAACCAAUAUAUUUUUCUUGUUUGGAAUAUAUAAUUUUCCUUGGUUUUUUGUACUUUUUUUAGACACAUAAAUUACUUUACACACACACACACACACAGUUAUACAUAUGGUAAUUGUUAUUUUUUCUGGCCUUAAAUUUGAGUUGUAUGCAAGGUCUUCAUAAAUAUGCACUUGUGAAUUAGAAAUCCAAUUUGUGUUUGUCUUAUCAGUAUAGAGAUUGUAUAGUAUACUGUAGUUUUAGGUGGUAACCAUCUUAGCUAAAAGACUCACAUUCUUUGAUUAGAAUUGUUUCUUCACCGCCCUUUGCACUGCCAAGGAUGGGCAAGAGGAAACUCUGAGAGGGAAAAUUCUGACAUGCAAGUUUAUGUUGGCACAAUAGACUCUCCAUAGGAGACUUCAGAGGGCCUGUUUUGGAAAAGUGUGAAUUUAACAGCCACAUCAAACAAGUAAUUGUUGGGCUGGGAUACAUCAAAAUGUUUCAGGCAAUUCCAGAAGGUUUUAAAAAACACAAUGGGUUUUUAACAUGAUACUAAAAUUAUAGUUUGUCUUCUAUGAAACCUGCAUCCUUCCCCUCCUUUUCCCUACACCUUACCCCAGUUUAAAUCCUACAUUAGUCUAGCCACUUUGCAUCUGAAUUGUGAACUGCAGUUCACAAAAGAUUAUGCCUUUCAAGAAAAAUGAACUUUGUUAGUUAGCAAAAAUGAGUCCAGAUUAUCUAAGGCAAAAGGUAGGUGAAUUUGAAAUAAGACUAUUACAUACAACUUUGCAUUCACUGUGUUGUUGUAAAUCAUGGUACCCUUUUAAAAAUAAGAUAAAUUCUAUAUUACAUCGUUCUUUCCUUUUCUAUUCUAAUUGAAUUUUAUUUUUUGUCACCUAAGCACAUUAAUACUGAAACCCCAAGAGCACUUCCGUGUGUGUAAAAGUGGCUUUUUGAAAAACAUACAUAGUUGCCCUUUAUUCUUUUUUAAAAAAAAUGUUUUCUUUGUUUGCCAUUUGUUAGUCUUUUGCUUGGGAGCUUUAAAGAAAUGAUUAGAACCAGUUUGGAGCUUUUAUUUGCCCAUACAAACAGAAUGCAUCUAGCAGCAUUAUCAACCUCAGUUUCUCCAUUUCAUUUCAUUCUUCAAAAUAUGCAUGUCUUUUAAAGAAUUACAGUAAAACCGUUAAUAUCAAGUAAUGUAAAAAUGAUGGGUUUUUUCAUGAUGAUAUUAACUUUAAGAGAUUUUCAGUAUGUUUCUUGGCAAACUGAACACUCUAUCCAAUAUAGUCCAUAAAUUGUAUUUUAAUACACCAUAUAAUAUUGGCAUUUAAGAAAAAUUGUAUUUAUUAGUGGAAAAUGUCUAGAGUUCUAAAAAUGUUUAAUUUAUGUAACAUUUGUUAUGCAGAAAGAUUUCUUAGUUUGAUACCAAUUUUCAGAGUUCUUUGCAUAUGGCAGGCUUGCUUAUUUUCAAGAGAAGAGAGAUUUUAGGGAACAGUGAUCAGCAUGAUAGACAUUCAGAACCUCGAUUAAACUUGUUCCUAAGACUCAAAAUGAAAGUAUGAAAAAGAAUAAGAUACUUUGAUAUAUGCUGAAAUUCAUAAAUGAACUUUAAAUAUGUUGAAAAGAAAAUAGAAACUGUACUGUUCAACUAUCCUUCAUUAGAUUCUGAACUUGAAGAUUUUAUAUUCAUUUUUGUUACACAUCAUUAAAACCUGAGUUUAUAAAAGUGAAAGCCAGAAGAAAGAAAAUUUUAAAAGGAAUUAUCGCACAUUCUUCAGCAUCAUAUGGAAGUUCAAAAUGAAGAAAUUUGGAUCAGAAUCUGUGACCCUGAAAGUCAAUUUCGUCUGAAGAUCAAAUCCGAAUAAAUGAAGUUGACAAGAAAGAAUGGAAGUUGUGGGAAGAAUAGACAUUUUCAGUCAUUCACUAUUUUUAUUUGUUGUGUGGACACUUCAAAAAUAUUGGUAUUGUAUUGAUAUGUAUUAAUAACUGGUAUUACUGGAAUGGACAUAUCAGAAUCCCUUUCAUAAUCUGGAUGCUGCUUCAGCAAUGGAAAUCUUAAAAGAAACAAAAAGGACUCAUGAUUUUGAAAAAAGGCUGUGAUUUAGAAGAAGAAUGUUAAUAUUAAGAACAUUUAUGGAUGCGGCAAACUCAGACUACAUGUGAAACCUGUGGCACUUUGAGUUGGUGUGUUAAGGUAAAAUACAAUUUUUAUCAUAAAGGGCUGUUCCUAAUUCUUGCUAUUUUGGAUACUGUUGUAAUACAUGUAACUUAAAAUCAUUUUAGCCCGAAUGUUUGAGAAGAAGAAUUAAAAUAAGAAAAAUCAUUUGUGCAUGACAAAUACCUGGCAUCACAUGUCAAAUGAUCAUAAUAUUUGCCCUGUAGCUUUUUACAACUAGGAUGGAAAGAAAAGAACAUUUGUAUAAAAAUAAAGUAGGGUUUCUUUGUUUUCAGUAUAUAGUGCUCUUACAAUUCUUUUUUAAAAAUAAGUAACAGCAAGCAAUAAUGAUCAGUAAUAGUCUGAGAUAGACACUUCUUAAGUUUUCCUAAUAAAAAUUUCUACUUAUGGUGUAUCCACCAACAUCGGAGUAAUUCAAGUGCACUAGAUGCUUAUGAAGUUUGAAUUCCUAAGAAAGGCCUGCUAUUUUAUUUAAAUUUUUAUUUUUAAUUAAUAAAUAUGUGGAAGCUUAAUUAAUCUUUUUUGCACUAGAUGAAAGCUCCUAGAGAACUGGUUGAGAUUUUUAUAACUCAGUUAUAAACUAUGAUGAGAUAAGUAAACCCAUAUUAAAUUGGCCAGGGAUCCAUUUACAGGUGGUCCUCAACUUACCACCACAAUUGAGCCCAAAAUUUAUGUUGUUAAAAAGUGAGAAAUU